GGAAGUAGACAUUCUCUUAUUCGUGCUCGCCCCGGAAGUGACCUUCUGUUAUGCCACACUCUGCCGGAAGUUACCGUGCUGUUAUGCCGCACUCUCCCGGAAGUGGUUGCCGGUGACGGGCUCUUCUGCUGUGGCGUUUGGUUUCAGCAGAGAUCAGAAUGGGCCCUGAGAGAAUCUUACCGAACCAAAGUGAAGACCUGGGGGAGCCCCAGGAGCCCCCCAUAGAGUGGAGUGGGGGGGAGGAGGAAGAGGAUGAGGAUGUGCAGAGUGGAUACCAGUACCAACCGCUGAACCAGGAGCCUGAAGAUGGGGCCCUGACCGAGAGCGACCUCCAAGAGAGACUACAGGCCAUGCGACUACAGCUUCCUGACCCGCCGGUGGACAGUGAGGAUGAGGAUGACUGCUCAGACUCCCAGAAUUCCAUUCCUAUGGAUGCAGACCACGUGGAGCUGGUGAAGAGGACCAUGGCAGGGGUGAAGCUCCCGACUAUUUCGGUUCCAGUUUGGGCGCAGCAGAUUUCAGACGCAGACUGGGAGAAUCUUGUUCACCAGACCAUUCAGUCCCGCUCCGCCAUGUCCCCACCCUGCAUGAAAUGAGAUCUGGACUUUAUGAGGUGUCUUUCCAUAUAUGAGAGGUGUCUUUACAUAUAUACAGCCGUAUCUCCAUGUAAAUACAAUGUGACAGUGCAAAGA